AUACUCGGCGCGGGAGACGAAUUUAUAAUGUCAAUAAGCCGUUGUGAUGGACAAUAUAUAUAAUUACAAAAGAUCACAAUGCUUCUAUUUUAAUUUCCAUCGCUGUUAUCAGACACUUCUAGUCGAUAUUUAGUUGUCAUGGGUACGGCAUGUGAUAACAACAUAAACCGCUAUGCUUGUCGGAACUUCACGCGCUUAAACCGCAAAAUAAUAUUAGUUAUUUUGGAAACUGUUGUUGGUACCCGGUCCUUACCUAGCAUUUUUAAGUUGGAUACGCUUUCUACAACUGAGUAACGGAAAAAAGAAAUGGCAAAAGCAACGACGAUAAAAGAUGCUCUAAAAAGAUGGGAGGAAAAAUAUGAAAUGAACCCUGCGGAUGCGACAGAUGUUAAUUUAUGUUUUCAGUGGCCUUUUAUAGAAAAAAUGGACAAUUCAUUAGCUGUCCUGGUUAACUGCAGGAAACUUUCACUGUCUACAAACAUGAUAGAGAAGAUUGCAGGUGUGAGCACACUGAAAAAUUUAAAAAUUCUUUCUCUGGGAAGAAACUACAUUAAGGCUUUCUCAGGACUGGAAGGUAUUGGUGACACAUUAGAAGAGCUAUGGAUAUCAUACAACUUCAUAGAAAAGAUUAAAAGUGUUUCCUUUUUCAAGAAGCUGCGAGUGCUGUAUAUGUCAAAUAAUGUCGUUAAAGACUGGAGUGAAUUUAACAGACUACAGGAGAUUCCACAUUUGGAGGAUCUACUAUUUGUUGGGAAUCCACUGUACGAUGCAUUAGAAGAGGCUCAGUGGAGAGCUGAGGCAACACGAAGAUUACCUAAUCUUAAGAAGCUGGACGGGGAGCCCGUUAUUAGGGUUGCUGGGGCUGCACCUGCAGCCGAUGCAUCAGCUGAUUAGUGGAGGGAAACCCCUUGCACUGCAAAACCAAAUAAAGCCUUUGCUCUAUCAGUGGCAGUAUUGUUGUUCUUCCAACAACGUCCACAUGAAAUAUACCAGCCUCAAAACACAGGGUAGAAUUUUGUUUUCAAGCUCUGCCAUUAAAAGAAAACUAAAUAAUUAAGGAGUGAAAGGAAUUGCACACACUUAAAAAUACUUGUAUUGAACAACAGCCCCAUACAGUGGGAUGUCUGGGAAAAUAUUCAUAGGACAGACAAGCAGUAGUGAUUUAUGCAAAAAGCAAUGUAUUGGUUACUAAAAUGAAAAUUAUAAAAAUCUGUGUGCAUCUAACUUUUGAAAUGUCUUGUUAAUGUGUCAGAAACUAAUUCCAGAUUGGACACUAUAGCAUCCUCUGGUAAUUUUAAUGUAUUAGUUAAACAAGUUGAUUUUGUCUUCUUCUACUUUCCAUGAAAAUAUAGAUAUCCGAUAGGAGCAGACAACUUUAAAACAGGCUUUGUAACUUCCCUCCUCUCGACCACUGUAUUGAGCAAAUUUAAUUUGGCUCAACAUACCAUAUUAUCAGAAGAAAAUUCAGUCAAGAAAAUUGAUAAACUGAGAGACUGAAUAGCUGGCCAAUAUUUACCUUUGAGGUGAACACUGUGGUACUGUCAAUAGACACAUAUGUAAAAGUAAAAGUGAUUCAUUUCCUAGUUUUUGAAACUAAUAGUUUCUUCCUCAGGUAUCAGAGAUGGAGAAGUUAGGGAAGGACACAAAGGUGAGGAAGGCAACUCAGAUCUGAGGUAAAGUGGGAGGGUGGGGGCACGGGACCAUCUUACAUGUACUGGCAUUCUUUGCAUAUUACACGAUAUUUUGACAAAGUGGGAGCUACAGUAAAAGCAUGCACAAAUUCAAAAUGAAAUAUUUAUUUAUAUUGUUUUAGUUUUGUUUUGAGUUGUCCAGACAGAUGAUAUUUUCUUCAAAGUGUGUUGCAAAUCCAGAUGUGUAACAAAGCUGUCUCUUCCUUAACAAGACACAGUCUCAAUUACAGAAACAGUUUGUUAACAUUUUCUGCCACACUAAAACAAAAGCUUGGUGAUUGUAAUUUCGAAAAAUCUUGCCACAAUGUAAUAUGCCUUUUUUAAAAUCAUUGCCGCCCCAUUCAUCAAAUUAUUGACACUCUUUUGGAAAGUAAAUGAGCUGUCCUCCUUUCAACUUUUUUGAUGUCCUCCAUCAGUCCUAUCUGGUAUGGAUCCCAUACAAUGCAGCUGUGCCCUAGAAGAAGACAGACAAGUGUAGUCUUUAGUAGAUCUACAAAUGAAAUGCAGCCUUUGGUUUACCUUCCCCCAAUAUUUUCUGUGACAGUAUCCAAUUAACUUGUUUGUAAUUAUGGUAUAUCGUGCAAGUAAAACUUAAAGGAAUAUUUUAGUACUCAUGUUGGGGAUCUUGCAGUUUUAUUGUCCAAAGACAAUUGCCACAUUUUGUACCAUGCAGAUACCUUAUCAAAAUCAUUUUGUAGCUGAUUUUCAUUUCUCGAAGACAAAGGUGCCAAAUGACAGCAUCAUCUGCAAACAAUCUAAGAGAGCUUCUCCGACUGUUUUUAGAUCCAGAAGAUCCUGUAACAUUUUGCUGUGAAACUCCUGAUGUAACUUCAGUUUCAUUAAAUAACUUCCUGUCAGCUAUCACAAACUGUGACAGUGAAUCAUGAAUCUAGUCUCAUACCAUAGGGUAGUGCUACUUGCUCCAAUUGUACUGCUUAAAUAUAUUUUCUUUUCCAUUCUACUCAUUUAUAAUGCAUAUACCAUGUGUUGGCUACAUAAAAUUGCCAAGUUUUUAGUCGUGCAGUAAUUCACUAUAUUUUAUUAUUCGCAGUAUAAUUCAGAGUCUGCUGAUGACAAAAGU